AUGGCUCUCGUGGAUUUGGCGGUGUCCGCAUACACCUACUUUGCUGCGCUUUCGCUCAGUCAGCAAUUAUCCAUCUUGUUUUUGGGUCCCUUCAUCUACAAUGUGCUCUGGCAAUUGUUGUACUCGUUGAGAAAGGACAGGGUGCCAAUGGCCUUCCACUGGGUUCCGUGGUUGGGUAAUGCCGUGGCCUACGGUAAGGACCCCUAUGGCUUCUUCAACGAAUGCCGUGACAAGUAUGGAGACGUGUUCUCAUUUGUUUUGGUGGGUAAGGUUAUGACCGUCUACUUGGGUCCUCGUGGCCAGGAAUUCGUGCUCAACGCCAAGGCUAACGAUGUGUCGGCCGAAGACGCCUACCAGCACUUGACCACCCCCGUGUUCGGCGAGGGAGUCAUUUACGACUGCCCAAACCACCGUCUUAUGGAACAGAAGAAGUUCGUCAAGAUCGCCUUGACCUCCGACGCGUUCAGAUCCUACGUGCCCAAGUUCAGGGAAGAAGUCUUGGACUACUUCACCACCUCCGAAAACUACAAGAUGAAGGAAAACAACUCCGGUGUUGUGGACGUCUUGAAGGCCCAACCUGAAUUAACCAUCUUCACUUCUUCCAGAACCUUGUUCGGUGACGAAAUGAGAAAGAAGUUCGACCACAGUUUCGCUCAGUUGUACGCCGAUUUGGACAAGGGUUUUGCUCCUAUUAACUUUGCCCUUCCUCACUUGCCAUUGCCCAGUCACAGAAAGAGAGACGAAGCUCAACGUAAAAUUUCCCGUACCUACAUGUCCUUAAUUAACCACAGAAGAGAGUCUGGCGAUAUCGUACAGAACCGUGACUUGGUUGACUCCUUGAUGCUUAACUCUACCUACAAGGAUGGUGUGAAGAUGACUGAUCAACAAAUCGCCAAUCUUAUGAUUGGUAUCUUGAUGGGUGGUCAACACUCCUCUUCUUCCACUUCGUCUUGGUACUUGUUACAUUUGGCUGAGCACCCUGAAAUUCAAGAAGAAUUGUACAAGGAGCUCACCACUCUUCUUAACGAGAAGAAUGGUGACAUCUUUGAUUUGACUUACGAUGACAUGCAAAAAUUGACCUUGCACAACCACGUCAUCAGAGAAACCUUGAGAUUACACAUGCCAUUGCACUCGAUUUUCAGAAAGGUUUCCAAGCCAUUGCUUGUUCCAAACACCAAGUACGUUGUUCCAAAGGGACACCACGUUUUGACUUCUCCUGGUUACGCCAUGAUUGACGAUAAAAUUUAUCCAAAUGCUGACAAGUUCAACCCCCACAGAUGGGACAAGCCUAUUGUUCCAGAGAACAGCCAAACCGAGUCCGUGGAUUACGGUUUUGGUGCGAUUUCCAAGGGUGUUUCUUCACCUUACUUGCCAUUUGGUGGUGGUAGACAUCGUUGUAUUGGUGAGCAAUUUGCUUUCCUCCAACUUGGAAUGAUUUUGGCUACCCAUGUCUACAACAUCAAAUGGAAGUUUGUGGAGGGCCAAAAAAUGCCCGAUCCUCAUGGCCCAGCCAAGAUCCAAUGGGAAAAGAGACAAACCUGUGUGUUAUAG